AUGUUCUACUGCCCCUUCUGCUGCACUCCUCUCGGGGUUCCCGAAGGCGUCACCGUUCCGCGCGCCAGGCUGCCAUUCGCGCGGUGUGACAUCAUCUUCGACGAUGCGCCCAAAAAGGCUACCAGCAUUCACGCCAAAGUACUUGCACCAGAACAGGUCCGCCUCAUCGACCUCUUCACCACAGAGGCUAACACUAAUCGCACCCUGAGCCGACCCGGCGGCGGCUCUGCCACCAAGGCGCUAACUAGGAGUGCCCUCCAAUGCCGUGAUCAGGGAGAUCCCCGAGUACGACCCUCACAUCACACUGGUGCUCUUCCCAGCGCGGUGCCCAAAGCUCUGCGACCCUACUCUGUGCAGUCUUGCGUCGGAUCGGGCAUGGCGCCUUCAGGACGACAGCAGUGCAACCUUCGAGGAGGCCAGCGAUUAGAGUGA